AAUCGCAUAUUUCACACGUUAACAUAUUUCAUCGGUUAAAGUGAACAGUCGUUGAGAUCGGUUCAAUAACCAGUUUUGUUUUGUUUGUUUUUUUUUUUUUUUAUUUAAGUUGAUUGCAAUUUUUAGUUGCUUAAGAAUCGACGGCAGAUAUGAAAUAUUCAACCGCAAAUACAGCCGAUUCUAGUGCAAAGAUUGUGAUGGACGCCGACGAUGGCGAUACAGAAGAUGAAAUUUCGUUGGAUUUGAUUCUUGUACAGAUUGGUCAAUUUGGAAAAUUUCAAAUUAUAGUGUUCCUCCUCAUUUGUCUGCCAAUGAUGUUUAACGCGAUAUUUUCGGUGACCUAUGUGUUUACCGCUAGUUCAGUGGUUCACAGAUGCAACAUUCCGCACUGUGAUGACGCAGACAGCGGGUACCAUGAACCGUGGACUUCCUUUAGCAUUCCAAUGAAAGGUUCAAAUUUGGAACAGUGCAAACGGUACGUUAGUGUCUCAAAUCCUAAUACCACUACAACCACUUCCCUAAUGCAUCGAGAAGCGGACAAUUUUGAAGAGAGUUUCCCGUGUUCAGCGGGCAACUUUAAUCAAAAUAAAGUGGAGAGCUGUCCAACGGACAAUUUAGUAUUUCGUGAUAAAGAAACAACGAUUUCAAAUGACUUUAAAAUUUUCUGCUCGGAUGAAUGGAAGCUGUCGCUUGUUGGUACCCUAAACAACAUUGGACAAUUUAUUGGUAUACCAAUCGGAGGAGUUAUUUCAGAUCGCUAUGGUCGACGUACGGCCCUGGCUGUUGGCGGGUUUGCAGCUGCCAUUUUUGGUACAAUACGUUCAUUUGCCACUUCGUACCCAUUUUUCAUGGCUUUUGAAUUUUUGGACAGUGUUGCAGCGAGUCCGUUGUACAGUGUAUGUUUCAUACUCGGCAUUGAAUUGGUUGGACCCAAUCGGCGUGUUUUAGCUUGCGGUUUAGUUACCAUAUUCUACGCCGUGGGUGAAAUGUUUUUGGCCUUAGCUGCAAAGUAUUUACAAAAUUGGAGAAUCCUAUUGCGUGUCCUAUAUGCCCCAGCUUAUGGACUAUUCCUGUACUUUUGGAUAUUGCCGGAAAGUGUGCGAUGGCUACUGAGUCAACGAAGAGAAGAGGAGGCAAAGAAUGUUUUAAAACGAGCAGCUACGGUUAAUAACCGCAAAAUUUCCGACGGUGCCUUGGACAAACUUAUUUUUGAGAAUCGAGAAAAACUGAAAAAUUCUGCUGAAAGUAAAUUUCCCAUAAAGUUGGCAUUUACUACAUUGUUUUGGCGUAUAGCCAAUUGCUCUUUUUGUUGGAUCGUCAAUGUUCUUGUAUACUUUGGUCUCAGUCUAAAUGCCGUUCUUCUGGAUGGUGAUAAAUACAAUAAUUUUAUAUAUAUAGCUUUGGUGGAAAUACCAGGAUUCUUACUGCCGUUGGUAAUAAUGGAUCGAUAUGGGCGCAGAUACAGUAUGUUCGGCACCAUGUUAAUCAGCGGUUUGUGUUGCCUGGCAACAAUCUUUUUGCCACAUGAAGCAGCCCUGGGCCAAUUGAUUCUAUUUCUAAUUGGCAAAUUAUCUAUUACAUGUAGCUUUCAAGUGCUAUACUUCUUUACUUCAGAAAUCUUUCCGACCAAUUUGCGCAAUAGCUUACUAUCUUUCUGCUCCAUGGUAGGGAGAUUUGGUUCGAUGUUAGCUCCACAGACACCACUUUUGGCUAAUUACUACGAUGGCGCUCCUGCCUUACUCUUUGCAACAACUGCAAUUGUUAGUGCCUGUUUAUCGUUACUAUUUCCAGAAACUACUAACUUGGUAUUGCCAGCAACCAUGGAGGAUGCAGAACACAUUGGCAAAGCAAAAGAAAAAGAAGUUAACGCUCAAAAUACACAUUUGUGAUAUAGAUUUAAUAUUUAAUUAAGUAUUAAUAGAUACUCAGCUCUUAGUUUAGUUGUAAUACAAUCAUCAUUUGCAAUAAAACGGCAAAAAAAAACUUUGGGAUUUCGUCAAUCGUCUUGCUGGACAUUAAUAUCAAGCCAAAGAUGUUUUUCCAAAUAACUGAAGAAUCGUUAAAAUCUAAAGAAAAUAUUCUAAAAUUAAAUCACACCACAUGUUCUGAACAAAUCACAUGUAUGAGACCAUACAAACUUGCACCGCGGUGUUACUAUUUAGUUCUU